AUGAUAUAUUGUGUUCAAAUAUUGUUUCCUCGUGGAUGCUUUUGGGAUGUCAGUGACACAGGUUCUGGCUCGUGGAUUUGGCGAAAGCUCCUUAAGCUCAGGCAACAGGCUGCGACGUUUUUGCGAUCCUCAAUUGGGAAUGGUAAGAAUACUUUGUUCUGGUUUGAUAAUUGGGUGGAUAUGGGAAAAUUAAUUGAUGUGGCAGGAGACUCGGAAACUCAAGCUCUUGGUAUUAGCCGCUAUGCAACUGUUGCUUCUGCAGCCACGUCUGGACGAUGGAACAUUCGACGAUGUCGCAGCAGUCACCUACGGGCGAUGAUUGCUCGCAUCAACGAUGUUCCGGCUCCGGUAGAGGAUGCAGAUAGCGAUCAGUUACUAUGGCGACACGGAGAGGAUGAUCACAAGACAUGGUUCUCGUCAUCUAGCACAUGGGAUCAAGUGCGAAUGAAACAUCCCAAAGUAACAUGGAACGAGCUGAUUUGGUUUCCACAGGCCAUCCCUCGGUGCUCAUUCAUCGCGUGGCUGGCCAUUCUAAACCGGUUGUCCACUGGAGACCGCACACAAGCUUGGGGCGAGAUCCAGCAAUGCCGCCUGUGUGGUGAACCACAGGAAACAAGAGACCACCUGUUCUUUGCGUGUCCAUACACGUAUACAGUUUGGACAGAAACAAUUGGAUCCCUGCUUCCGCGACCCAAUCCUGACUGGAGCAUUACCAUCACAAUGCUCCUGUUUCGUCGACGAUCAGCUUCUGCUACAUGCCUGCUUCGCCUUUCAUUCCAAACUGUAAUCCACAGCAUCUGGCGUGAAAGAAACAGUCGGAAACACAACGGGAAAUACCGCACGGCCGCAGAGCUCACUCAUAUGAUUGAUAAGAUGAUCAGGAACAGGAUCUCCUCAUUACGUUCCAAGAACAUGGCUCUCUAUAGUACCGUGAUGAUGGAAUGGAUGGGAAGAGCUAUUAGUUAG